AUGUCGACGUGUAAGACUGGAGCCCAGAGCAAAGUAUAUGCCUACCAUUCUAAUGCACACUCUAGCCUCAUCAUUGGCGCCGGGCCUGCCGGGCUCAUGGCUGCCGCAUCUUUCGCUCACCUCACCGCCAUCCCCUCUGCCUCUCCGCUUUCAGUUCGGAUCAUAGACAAGCGUUCCACAAAGAUCUUUUCGGGCCAGGCCGACGGUCUUCAAUGCCGCUCUCUUGAGAUCUUUGACUCUCUUGGCUUCGCUGACAGGGCAUGGAAGGAAGCAAACCACAUGAUCGAAAUCUGCAUGUGGAAUCCUGACGCGACAGGUAUCAUUCAACGGAGCGACAGAAUCCCUGAUACGAUUGUGGGGCUGUCCAGAUUCCAACAGAUUGUGUUGCAACAGGGCAGGAUUGAGAGGUUCUUUUUGGACAACAUCCAGAAAUACUCUGGGGGUGCCAUCAAAGUCGAGAGGGCGAUCCUACCAACUAGUUUGCAGAUUGGGGGGGAGAGAGUUAAAGUGACGGUGAGAAAGCUAACAGAAGAGGAAGCUACUCCGCCACAAGCUACGACAGGCAGCAAGAGUGAUGUGACAGAUGGGCUCUUUCGGAGUAACCUUGUGGGGGAUGACUACGAGGACAAGAACAUCACAGAUGCAAAGGGUGGGGAGGAAGAAGUGAUCAAUGCAAAAUUCGUCAUUGGUUGUGAUGGUGCUAGGAGCUGGACCAGACGGGCACUUGGUCCCGAGUUUGAGCUACAAGGCGAAGCAACCGACUUCAUUUGGGGAGUUAUGGAUAUCAUCCCUAUCACUGACUUUCCCGACAUUCGCAUGCGCUGUGCUAUCCACUCAGCCAACGAUGGGAGUCUCAUGGUCAUCCCUCGCGAGAACCGGCUGGUGAGAUUGUACAUUCAGCUCAAGGAGGUCACGCCGGACGCAUCCGGCAGGGCAGACAGGUCCAAGAUCACACCGGAGCUCAUCUUUGGCGCUGCGCAAAAGAUUUUAAGGCCAUAUAAGAUCGACUAUGAAUAUUGCGACUGGUGGACCGCGUACCAGAUCGGACAACGUAUCUCACCCUCCUUUUCGCACCCUUCCAAUAAGGUUUUCCUUGCGGGCGAUGCAGUGCACACUCAUUCCCCCAAAGCAGGACAAGGCAUGAACGUUGCUAUGCAGGACUCAUUCAACUUGGCGUGGAAGGUUGGGCUCGUAGCCAAGGGGAUUUGUCAUCCCAGAAUUUUGGACACGUAUCAGUCCGAGCGACGCCGAGUUGCUCAGGACCUUAUCGAGUUCGACCACAAGUUCAGUCGUUUGUUCAGCGGGCGCCCGGCGAAGGAUGUUAUGGACGCAGAAGGCGUGAGCAUGGCUGAAUUUAAGGACGCGUUCCUGAAAGGGAACCUGUUUGCCAGCGGAUUGAGUGUUGACUAUGGUCCAAGUUCUUUGGUCGUCAAGAGCGGCGACCCUGGCGAGCUGGGCGAUAGGAGCGGUAGAAGCCGGAAUUUGGAAGGGGUGCGCAGGAUUACCGUGGAAGAGUUCGAGGUGAAGCAGAGCCUGGCCAAAGGGCUGCCUGUGGGGAUGAGGUUCAACAGUUUUAAAGUCCUUAACCAGGCCUGUGCUCGGCCAUGGCAUUUCCAAGAGAGGCUGAAGGCUGAUGGACGGUUCCGCAUUGUGUUGUUUGCCGGGGACAUACUGGAUCAAGCACAGAAGCAGCGAGUUGAGGUGUUCUGUGAUAAGCUGAGCUCGUCCAACGGCUUUAUGAGAAGGGCUACUCCGGAGGGGUCCAAGAUUGAUAGUGUGAUCGAGGUGUUGACAAUCCACUCAGCCAAAAGGACCGAGACAGAGCUCCUGCGAGAUUUCCCCGACAUCCUGCAUCCCUUCGACCCACACACCGGAUGGGACUACAACAAGGUUUUUGUCGAUGACGAGAGUUACCAUGAAGGGUUUGGCGAUGCAUACAAGAAUUACGGAGUUGAUAAGGAGAAAGGGUGCGUUGUGGCUGUCAGACCGGAUCAAUAUGUGGGUUGGGUUGGUGAGUUGGAAGACUUUAAGCAGUUGCAGGAGUACUUUGAGGGCAUUUUCCUCGUAUAA